AUGGUAUGCCCUCGACUUGAUUCGGCCACAUAUUUCCCUCCUAGAGACAUGUCUUGUUAUAAUAUAAAGACCGGCAGGACAGAAGAAAAGAUGGUUUCAAAGAGGUUUCUGUUCAAUGCCUCUGCUAUCUCUACUCUCAAAGACAAGUAUGCAAAUGAAAUACAACCCACUAGGGUUGAAGCACUUUCGGCUUUCAUAUGGAGUAGAUUCGUUGUUGCAAUGAGUGAUCAAGUAGAGGCAGAGACAGAGACGAGUAUUACAAGACUCUAUUUGGUGAUUCAUGGAUUAGACUUGCGCAUGAGAAUGAAUUCCUCUCCAACAGAGUCUUAUUUUGUCAAUUUUAGUUGGGUUGUAACGAUCAUGCCAUCCAUGGACAAGACUGUGGAAGAGGGUUAUGGGUUUGUGACAAAAAUGAGGGAAGCAGUAAAGAAAACUAAAGACAGUGAUUAUGUGAAAAGAAUUCAAGAGGGUGACACACUCUUCAGUUCUAUGAAAAGAAAGGGAGAUGAUAAAUCAAGUCAAGAACCUCCAAGGGAAGAGGCAAUGAGAAAGAAAAUAGAGUUUGGCCACUUUAUCUUUUCUAGUUAUUGCAGGUUUCAACUAUAUGAAGUCGAUUUUGGGUGGGGGAGACCAAUAUGGGUAAGCCAAGCCACUCUACCCUUAAAGAAUCGAGCGACUUUUAUGCCUACAAGAUCUGGUGAUGGUAUAGAAGUGUGGAUUAAUUUGACAGAUGUUGACAUGGCCAAAUUUGAGGCUGAUGGAGUUUUUCUCAAAUUUGUUUCCCAAGCCUCUGACCGAUGA